CCCCCUGCUAGCCAUCGACCCGCCCCCAGCCCCAUGGGACCGUCGCCCCGCAUCAGCCGGGCAUCGACCCCCUCCCAGCUCUCUGCCCCCCGAGUCCGGCGGCCCCCAAGGGCUCCAGGGCUGUCGCUGAGGGGGAUGGGCGGGGGGUCCCCGGCCCCCCUCACGCGUGACCUCACGGGGGCGGGGCGUCCCCCCGGCGGGGCGGGGGCGGGUUUAAACGGAGCCGCUUCCCGGCCGGCUCCGGAGAAACGCGAGCGCGGGGGCACGGAGGCAGCGGCAGGAACCAGCCCCGGGACCCCCGGACCGGACCGGACCGGGCAGCAGCUCUGCCCCUAGCCCCCCCAUGGCGCUGCCCCCACUGGGGGGGCUCCGGGGGCCCCGCCGGGGUAGCCUGCCCCUGCCCCCCAAGCACCAGCUGCGGCGGGAGGCAGCGGUAGAGGAGCCGGACUCGCCCCCCGAGUCGCCGGGGGAGUCCCCGGGGGGGCCCUACCGGGUGGUGCUGGCUGGCGAGAGCGGCGUGGGGAAGACGGCGCUGGCCAGCAUUUUCGGGGGGCUGCCGGACGGAGCCCCCCACGAGGACGAGCACCCCGCGGACACGUACGAGCGCCGCCUGUCGGUGGACGAGGAGCACACCACCUUGAUCGUCUACGACAUCUGGGACCAGGGCGAGGCGGGUGGCUGGCUGCAGGAGUCGUGUCUGCAGACGGGCGACGCCUUCCUGCUCGUCUUCUCGGUGACCGACAGGCGCAGCUUCAGCUGCAUCCCCCAGACCCUCCUGCGCCUGCGGGAGGGGAGCCCCCACCCCGACCCCCCCGUCAUCCUGGUGGGCAACAAGAGUGACCUGGCGCGCUCCCGAGAGGUUUCGCUGGAGGAGGGCCGCAGUCUGGCUGUGAUGCUGAGCUGCAAACACAUCGAGACGUCGGCUGUGCUGCACCACAACACACGGGAGCUGUUCGAGGGGGCUGUGCGCCAGAUCCGCUUGCGCCACCGCCGGCCCGCCAGGGACGGGGGCCAAGGUGGGGGCCCAGGUGGGCGCCGCGAGAGCCUCACCAAGAAAGCCAAGCGCUUCCUCUCCAGCCUGGUCCCACGCAAUGGCCGGUUCUUCAAGCAACGCUCCAAGUCCUGCAAUGACCUCUCCGUGCUGUGAACCGGCCCUUUAAGAGGAAGCCUCCCCCACCUGCCAGUGGCCGGACCUUUAAGAGCUGCUCCCAGGCGGAGACUCCCACAAUCCCCCUGGCUUCGCACCUCCCCGCCUCCGGUUUGCGAGCUGGGUGAGACUUAAUUUUUGUCCUCGGUAGUUACGCACAUCACCUUUAAGAGGACAUUAAAGGCACCAUGUUUAGUUGGACAAUCGGAGACAUUGUGCACCGGAGUUUUUUUUUGUUAGCCGUAGCCACGCACUUUCCCCUUUAAGGAGGUGUUGAAGGAGCGGUGGCAAUGGGACACACCAAGCUUUUGUUUGCCGCAGUUGUGCAUGUCGCCUUUAAGCGCCAUGUCGUUGGAGAGGCCUGGCCGCCUUUGGGCUGGUUUUUUAUUUGUCUCCCUCACCUUUAAGAGGGUCUUAAAUCUCAGCGAGAGUUUUUAAGGUACCACCUCCGAGUGGAAUUUGAUAUUUGCUCUCCAUGUUUGCACACACCACCGUUAAUGGGGUAUUAAAAGCCCCCUCCCAGCAAAAGGCUGUUUUAUUUGUCCACCACACUUCUGCCCCUCACCUUUAAGAGGGGCUUAAAGGUGCCACUUUGGAACUCUUUGAACAGGUGCUGAUGGAUGGCUUUAAAGUAGAUUUAAUAUUUGACCUCUGCAAUUGUGCGCUGCACCUCUAAGAGGAUUUUAAAGGCAUGGACUUUGAUCAAGCCUUAUUAUUUGUCCACCACAUUCCUGAGCCCCCCCCUUAAAAAGGCUCACCUUGAAUACACCGACCUGAGAAUGUUAUACUGACACACCAAAUGGCUUUGUCAUGAACUCAAUAUUUACCCUCCACACCUGUGCACCUCACCUUUAAGAGACUCUUAAAGUCACCAACUGGGGAAUGAGUUAAUCCGCUACUUCAGCACCUUGUCCUGGAAGCUUUAUUUCUUUAUUUACUAUCCUCCAGAUUUGUGCAUUUUUCCUUGAGCAACCUUCCAGUCCUCCAUGUGUGCACCUCACCUUUACAACGCUCUUGUUAAAGGUGCCGAGGCCAGACAUGUAAAACUUCUACUGGCUUGCCAUAUGUGGGCACCUCCCCUUUAAGAGCAUGUUAAAGGCAUGAUUCAGGUCACAUUUUCUUUGGCUAGCUUUGUUCCUGGAAGAAUUAAUAUUUGCCAUCCUGGUCUUCGAUAUGCGUCUUUAAAGACACAGAGGUGGGGACCUUUCACUCAAACAUGAGAAGUGGACUACUUUGUGAAACUCCUCUUUAAGAGACUCUUGAUGGCACCAGCUUGGGGGACCCUCCUGCCCAGACGUUGUGAUUUCUCCAUGUGCACCUCCCCUUUAAGAACAGCCAACAAAGCACUAACCAGACAGCCUGCCCCUUUGAGAAAAAGAGAGACUCUUAAAGGCACAGGUGGAUUCUCCCCUCUGGGUCUCUGCUUUAAUCUCCCAGAGAUGACACCCCAACACCUCGGUCAGGCUCCCACACUGCCCCCUGCUGAGACUCUGGG